AUGGAUAUGCUGCACAGGCUCACGGGCUUUAGGUCCGAGGACCCAGAUGUAGCAAUUGGGAGCAGUCGUAUGCAGUUGGUCCCCAUUAGAGACCACUUGGUGCAGAUCCACGAUACUAUCACCGACGACUCAGCGGAGGUGGAUGUAGAGCAAUAUACGAGGUUGUUGUUGCUCCAUCUAUUUGGGGGGGUCUUGUUCCCGAACACUUCGGGGAACCUAGUGAGCCUUCGUUUUCUGCAUCAUAUUGCGGACUUUGAUGAUACAGUCAGCUACAGCUGGGGUGGUGCUGUCCUAUCUUUUUUGUACAGGCAGAUGUGCCGGGCAUCCAUGGGCACACAAAGAGACGUUUCUGGCUUUCUGCCACUUCUACAG